AUGGUCGAUGUUCCACUUGAAAUCUGGCUACGAAUAGCCAGCUUCAUCCCGGACAAUGAUCUUUACAAUCUCCGGGGAGUCAGCCACAUAUUCUUCAUGUUGGCGAUGGAUGCACAAUGGUCGAGGACAAGGAUUUCAUCGGACAUUACAUGGUACAAGACUUUGGAACGAUUGUCAGAUCCAUUCGUUGCCAGAAGAGUGACCAGUCUGGCUAUCUAUUUGACCCUCGACAAAUCGACAGGCAAUGAUAACUCUCAGCUAUACAAACUACUCCGCUCUCGAUUCCGAAGCUCGCACCAGACUCUUGCCAAUUUCUUCCGUCUAAAACCCGUGGAGCUUGAACGAAAGGAAACAACUCGCCGAUGUAAACUGCAGGACGUCAUAGAUGUGAUCAGUGCAUCUAAUGGCAACUUUCCAAACGUUCGCGAACUUUCCGUCGAUGGAUGUCUAUUUUUCUCGCAGAAUCCAAUCCCACUGCCAACGUUAUCUCCAUUGUUUUGGUUACCCUUUUCCAACAAUUUGAUAUCUCUUUCUCUGGACGGAACUAUGGAAGAAUUUCGGUUUAUGCUUGGUUCAGGAGCUAGUACCUUUAGGUCUCUCAAACAACUACAGUUGCGGUUCGAACAAAGUUACGAAGGCGAAGGGGACUCUUCAGUGUUGACGUACGUCAUCGCUCCUUUUAUCAACAAGAUGAAUGCACAUUUGGAAGACCUUUUGGUUUGGUCACGAAGUGACCUCGAUAUAUCACACUUUUUCGCCUCUCUAGCCCUGUUUCCUGCCCUUCAAAGGUUUAAAGUGAAGAUGUUCCUUUCCCGCUCGCUACGUGAUCCAUCUGGUCUACAAACCAUUAUUUCGAAUGCAGCUCCUCGAUUAAAAAAACUUGCAAUUGGGAGUGCUUCACGCUCAUUAGGGAUGGGAAUGGAGUCAUUGGACACCCUUUGGGAUAUUCCAUUCAGCCCGUGGCUUUUGAACUUCAUUUCGAACAAGAAUAAUCUUCCUUGCAUACAGGUACUCGAUGUCUACGCGCUCUACAUGGCCGAUAGAAUUCGCGCUUUUCUGGACUUCAUAUACAAGGCGUGCGACAGGCUUACGGAAAUCUUCGUCCGUGACAGAUAUCUUUCCUUCGAUGAAGCCGUUUCAGUAAUCAAGGCUGCUGCGCACUGCAGCAAUCUGACUUACCUGCGACUGACGGUUCGGACGUUGGAUAUUGCCUUAAUUGAAUGUCUCGCGGAUAAAGUCCCGGAUGUGCGACGGAUAUAUCUUGCCAUAGGAGAGCCAUAUCCGCAGGAGGCAGAUGUUGUAGCACAACUACGAGGUCGACGUUAUGAAUAUUGGAAAGUUGAGGAUAUCUCGAUUUGGCACCUGGAGGGUCAUCAACGGAUGGUUGACACUUUAUAUGCCCUAGCUAGAAGUGUUCCAUCUCUUCGGAGCUUUUUCGGGAAUGGGCAUAUGAAGUUAUGA